AUGUCUACAGUUCAGGUCUUUUCUACCGAACUCAGCAUUCUAUCCAUCCCCCCAGAAUUAUAUACAUUCUUCUUCCAUGGCAUCACUAAACUUAUUCUUCGCUCUUGGGAAGAUGACUACCUCCCACCAAGCUCUGCUUCAAGUGGUAUCUUCCGUUCUCAUUGCAUCCCUCCUCAUGAAUCACCAAUAGUCCCUCCUUCUGGACUUUCCUCUUCCAUUACAAGUGGCGAUAAAACUCCACUAGUAAAUGCCUCUUCUCUUUCAUCCCCUCAAAAUGUUUUCUCUCAUCAAAGACUUUAUUCAACAUCUUCCCGAGUGGACGAUUUUAAUUCAAACCAUAACGACCGCGACCAGGAAAUUGAAUUCCAACAAGCCAUUCGCGACCACAUUGAAUCCCUUCGAGAAUUUAUCAAUAUUUCCUUCACCCCAGUAGAAUGUUCAGUCAUUUGUCCAACUGAACUAGUCAAUCUUCUCUUUGGACCUGCCUUUGCAACACACAAGGCUUCCAUACUAAAAGAACACUAUCUUGCUAUUCAAGUCGAUACUACAGGAUCAAAUAGUGGACCUAACCUUAUUGAAAUUACUGCACCAUUAUCAAACGCUGGAAUCCCCAUCUUUUUCAUUCCAACUUACUUUAGUGAUUAUGUUAUUGUCCCCUUUUCUGCUAAAAACAAGGUUACUAGAACCCUUGAUGCACGUGGCUUUGUCUUUUCAAAUAUUGCAAACUCUUAUGUCAAUGUAACUGGCACUGACACUCCUUCCCCGCUUUCCCCCACAACCCCUGACGUGCACUACAAUAAUAACCCCCUUGAGUCAUCAAUAUCGUCCCUCCGAUCCAUCUCCUCGGCUGACUCUACAGAGUCUCGGCCACCACUCCUUGAAGGUGCUCCACUAUCUCCAUACCUGGCAUCGAUUGGUGCACAAACUGUUGAGACAUUUAAACGCAACUCGGUCAAGCCCGUUAUCAAUUUCGGUACAAAACUACUGCUCACUGGUAUGCGCAGCCGUAGCCGAGGCGGCGCCCAAGGCAUUACUGGCGGUCAGCACGAUAGCAUUUUCCUCUCAAUUGUAAACACACUCAUCCAUCCGCCAGAUUUCUUUUCAGUGACAAUUGUCAAUGGCACCGAGGUCUCCUUCAUUGUUAAUGAAGAAACAGCUCAGCUCUUUUCCACAGAAGCCCUACUUGGAUCCAUGACAGAUUUCGUGAUACCCAUCUCGUUUGAUUUUAGUAAUCUCCCAGAAGAUUCAACUGGUAUUGUAGCUGGUGUUGCAUCUCAACUUUACUCGUACGAUCCAGAUAAGCCAUUCCCCCAGGCUUUUGGAGUGCGUGGAAACAAUACAUCAGCUCAACCAUUUUCUCCAUCGAGCAGAAAUAGCACUGCAUCAAUGGGUUCCAGCAUUGGGUCACUUACAAGCGAACGCGAGCUAAUUCAAAUUAGUUAUCUGUCAACUGCAAAAACAGGUGUGGUUAUGGUCUCAGAGGUGGAUAUGGCUGUAGCCACUGCUGCACUCUCGGUCUUUAUGCACAAGACAAACAAAAAUGGAACCAAUCGUGGGUCACCUUUAGCCAAUGCAGUGUCGACCGAUAAAGCAGAUUACUAUCAAGAAGAAGAAGAAGAAGAAGAAGAGGAUGAUGAUGAUGAAGAAGAAGAAGAAGAAGAAGAAGAAGAGCAAUGUGACAGUGGACAACAGUCUGCUCAGGAUUCAGAUGAAUAUGAGAAUAGUAGUGACGAAGAGGAAGAUUAUGGUGACUCAAAUACUAGUCACCCGGCUGGUCCAUCAACCUCAUUAUCGUCAUCACACAACUCAUCCUCUUCAUCUUUUUCACUACACCAACUUCGCGCAGGGCUCCAGGAUGAGUCUCCCAUUGCGCGUUCUCAGCAACAACCUAGAAGAGACCAUUAUCAGAAUGAGUAUUAUACCAGUUAUAGUUAUGGCCAUCAAUCUCAUCAAUCUCAUCAAUCUCAUCAAUCUCAUCAUUCGCACAAUAAUCAUCACAAUCAUCACAAUCAUCACAAUCAUUCUCCAGCGGGUACUGCGACAUCCAGUCCGCGCUCACGUUCAAAACUUUCAAAUAAAAUUGACUUUGACGAUUAG